AUGGUCUUGGCCGCCGACUUCCCGGCCCCGGGAUCCGGGCCGCAGCAUUUCAAGGUGAUCUUCAGUCCAAGUGUCGCUGUGCGGGCAGCGCCCUCCACCGAUGCCAACAUCAUCAGCGCGCGCCGUGUGGGAGAGGUCGUAUUGGCCGAGCUGCACCCUCGGAUUCUGUUUCGCUUUGGAAAGUCCCAAACGUAUUCCGGAUGGAUCAGAUUGGAGGGAGACGGCGGAUGGAUGCUGAGCAGGCAUCCACAGCACGGCGUCCUGCUUCAGCCUGCCUUUGACAAGGCGAGGCCACAGGAGGGCCCAGACGAAGGUUUCGCCAGCGUGGACCAGGCGGCCGUUGUUUCGUGA